GAGAACCAAAAGGAUCAGAAAUAACAUAUACUAAUAAACAAAGGACUGAAACCAAAAAUAAUACAUGUAUAAAAUCACCUACAGAUUCAUCGCAAAAAAAAAACUUACAUAUUUUUCUCUCACGGAAUAUCUCUGCAACUUUUUACACACCGGUUUUCAGGUUUUAGGGUUUUUUCUUCAAUCAGUCGAUGGCGGAACACGAGGAGCACAAAGUGGAAGAGCAACAUGAAGAGUCAAUGAUGGACAAAAUCUCUGAAAAGCUUCACUUCAGUAACCAUCAUCCAUCGGCGCCGGCGCCGGAGUCGUCUUCCGAUUCCGAUGAUGAGAAGAAGAAGGUGACGUCACCUCCUCCGGCGGCGACGUCAUCGUCUUCGUCGUUUGGGUCGAAGGUUCGUCGGCUUUUUGGUCGGGAACGUCCUGUUCACAAAGUCUUCGGUGGUGGUAAACCUGCCGAUAUGUUCUUGUGGAGGAACAAGAAGAUAUCUGCAGGAUUUCUCGGUGGGGCCACAGCUAUCUGGGUUCUCUUUGAGGUAGUAGAAUACCAUUUGCUUACCUUGCUCUGUCAUGGUUUGAUGAUUGCUCUGGCUGGAUUGUUUUUGUGGAGCAAUGCUAGCACCUUCAUUCACAAAUCUGCACCACACAUUCCGGAAGUUCACAUCCCCGAGAAACCGGUGUUGGAAUUCGCAUCUGCUCUUAGGAAUGAGGUCAAUCGUGCCUUAGCAGUUAUGAGGGAAAUAGCAGCUGGAAAGGAUCUGAAGAUGUUCCUUAUGGUCAUUGCUGGCUUGUGGCUCGCGUCAAUUUUGGGCGGUUGCUGUGAUUUCUUGACCUUGUUCUACAUAAUUGUUGUGGUUCUCCACACAGUACCUGUUCUGUACGAGAAAUAUGAGGAUCAGGUGGACGCAUUUGCUGAGAAAGCCUUGCACGAAUUCAAGAAACAGUAUGCCGUCUUUGAUGCAAAGGUAUUAAGUAAAAUUCCUCGAGGUCCAUUGAAAGAUAAAAAGAAUGCUUAGACAGAGUCACUAUGUUGGGAGAAAGAUGCAUCUUGUGGUUGUCCUUGUGAAUUUUGAUACAAGAUGGUGGUUGAAUUGGUCUUUUUUAGAGCUAUAUUUCCACGGUUGUGUUGUGGAAUUUAUGUUAAUGCAUGAUAUGACAUGGAGAGUACUCUUUAAAUGUUUGUUUAUUUAUCUGUUGAGUUAUCUUC